CAACAAACCAACGGACGUCCUUCAGUCAGUGCUGUUGUGAUGACCAAGUUGAUUGGGUUUUCUUUGGCAAUGUUCAUCUUACCAAUCAUGACUUUUUACACAACAGUUGAUAGAAUAUUUGGUGGUAAUACGACUUAUGCGGCUGGAUCGGCAGCGGUGGUGGCGAAUGUGGUGUUGAUUGGAUAUAUUAUUGUUGCAUUUAUGGAAGACCCAGACAAGGAUAAGAAAGAG